AUGCUCUUUUUUCCUUUCAUCAUUUUUUUACUUUCUCUUAAAUACAUUAAUGCAACAUAUUCCAUUACAUUAACUAGCGAUUAUGAUUCUUCUUCAAUUGAUUAUGGUACCAAUGAUUUCUUUGAACUAGAGGAUUUCAACGAAACUGACAAAUUAAUAACAAAUGACGUAGUCGAAGAAGAUUUCGAGUCAGUUGCAAAUAUUUUAUCACCAAAUCAAGACGGAAAGGAAUUCUCUCCAAAGGGUGUCGUAGUUUAUGAAUUUAAAAAGAGCAUAAACGAAUUACCGAUGUCAGAAAUCGGAUAUAAUAAAACGUUUGAUAAUGAAUUUAAAUUAAAACCUUUAUCGAUAAAAGAAAUCCUCCCUGAACUAGAUAACAUAUUUUCAAGAGAGGUAACUAGUCAUAAAAAGUUCAAAUUGAUAAAGGAAAUUUUAAGAGAAAUAGAUGAAGAAUCUAAUGAUUUGGGAAAACUUUCAUUAGAGCAGGGCAUAACACUACCGUCAAGAAAAUUAGUUGAGCAAAUAAAACCUACAGGUGUGACAUUUAUACCAAAGGAAGUUUUACGAAAAACUUUAUAUCAACCAACAUUAUCUACACCUUAUAGUCAAAGGGCUGAAAGUAUUUUUGGGAUAACUCAAGCUCCAUUUCCAAUAAAAAGAGUAAACACAGUAGACUUAGAUAAACUUAUACCAAAAGAUUUCAAAAUUAAUCCGAGAGUAUAUUUUAGGCUAAAAUCUUUACAAUACACAUACAUUAUGCUGCAAAGAAGUAAAAGGUGCUGGCUGCUUACAAGAUAUUUUCUCAAAGAUAUCAUUUUUCCGGUUUUGUUAUGCGUUUAUGCAAUGUUAUUUCAGUGUUUGAAGUUUUGA